ACUGGCGAUUGGCUUUCCUCUGACGAUGCACCUGCCUGAUGGGCUGGCCGCUCCUUCGUCCCGCCCCUAGCACGAGCUCUUGUGCUUCCGGACCGCCUGCUCGGUAAUUGGCCGAAGCAGUAGACGGCUGGCCGCGGAUUGGCUGCGCUCAGCGGCGGGAUGAGCAACUGGAGAGAGGAGAGCAGUUGGGCCAAGAUGGCGGCUGCCGAAGGACCCGUGGGCGACGGUGAGGUGUGGCAGACCUGGCUUCCUAGCCAUGUCGUGUUCUUGCGGCUCCGGGAGGGACUGAAAAACCAGAGCCCAGCCGAGGCUGAGAAACCAGCUUCUUCAUCAUUACCUUCGUCGCCGCCGCUGCCGCUGCCGUUGCUGACGAGAAACUUGGUCUUCGGCCUCGGCGGAGAGCUCUUCCUAUGGGACGGAGAAGGCAGCUCCUUCUUAGUCGUUCGCCUUCGGGGUCCCAGCGGUGGCGGUGAGGAACCGCCCCUCUCCCAGUACCAGAGAUUGCUUUGCAUAAAUCCACCCCUGUUUGAGAUCUAUCAAGUCUUGUUAAGUCCAACACAACAUCACGCAGCACUUAUAGGAAUAAAAGGACUUAUGGUAUUAGAAUUACCUAAAAGAUGGGGGAAGAAUUCUGAAUUUGAAGGCGGAAAAUCAAUAGUGAAUUGUAGUACCACUCCAAUUGCUGAGAGAUUUUUCACCAGUUCUACCUCUCUGACUCUGAAGCAUGCUGCCUGGUAUCCAAGUGAAAUGCUGGAUCCCCACAUAGUACUGUUAACAUCAGACAAUGUAAUAAGAAUUUACUCUCUGUGUGAGCCCCAGGUACCAGCUAAGGUGAUUGUACUUUCGGAAGCAGAAGAGGAAAGUCUAAUACUCAAUAAACGAAGGGCAUAUACUGCAUCUCUAGGAGAGACAGCAGUUGCAUUUGACUUUGGGCCAUUGGCAGCAGUCCCAAAGAAUGUUUUUGGACAAAAAGGCAAAGAUGAAGUAGUGGCGUACCCACUGUACAUCUUAUAUGAGAAUGGGGAGACUUUCCUGACAUAUGUUAGUCUGCUACACAGUCCUGGGAAUAUUGGAAAGCUGUUGGGCCCAUUGCCCAUGCAUCCUGCAGCUGAAGAUAACUAUGGUUAUGAUGCUUGUGCUAUACUCUGCUUACCCUGUGUGCCCAACAUCUUAGUGAUUGCUACUGAAUCAGGAAUGCUGUAUCACUGUGUUGUGCUAGAAGGGGAAGAAGAAGAUGACCAAACAUCAGAAAAGUCCUGGGAUUCCAGGGCUGACCUCAUUCCUUCUCUGUAUGUGUUUGAAUGUGUUGAGUUGGAGCUUGCUCUGAAACUGGCAUCUGCAGAGGAUGAUUCCUUUGAUUCUGACUUUUCUUGUCCAAUCAAACUUCACAGAGAUCCCAAGUGCCCUUCAAGAUAUCAUUGUACUCAUGAAGCUGGUGUACACAGUGUUGGGCUGACGUGGAUUCAUAAACUUCACAAAUUUCUUGCAUCAGAUGAAGAAGAUAAAGAUAGUUUACAGGAACUUGCUACUGAACAGAAAUGCUUUGUCGAACACAUCCUUUGUACGAAGCCAUUGCCAUGCAGGCAGCCAGCUCCAAUUCGAGGAUUCUGGAUUGUCCCUGACAUUCUGGGGCCCACAAUGAUCUGCAUCACCAGUACCUACGAAUGCCUCAUAAGGCCUUUAUUAAGUACAGUCCAUCCAGCAUCUCCUCCCCUGCUUUGUACCCGAGAAGAUGUUGAAGUGGCAGAGUCUCCCCUCCGCAUUCUGGCUGAAACCCCAGAUUCCUUUGAAAAGCAUAUUAGAAGCAUCUUGCAACGUAGUGUUGCCAAUCCAGCAUUUCUGAAAUCAUCUGAAAAGGAUAUAGCCCCUCCUCCUGAAGAAUGUCUUCAGCUCAUCAGCAGAGCCACCCAGGUGUUCAGAGAACAGUACAUUCUUAAACAGGACCUGGCAAAGGAAGAGAUUCAGCGGAGGGUCAAAUUACUAUGUGACCAAAAAAAGAAACAACUAGAAGAUCUCAAGUACUGUCGAGAGGAGAGGAAAAGUCUGCGAGAAAUGGCUGAACGCUUAGCUGACAAAUAUGAGGAAGCCAAGGAAAAACAAGAAGAUAUCAUGAACAGGAUGAAAAAAGUACUUCACAGUUUUCACUCUCAGCUCCCAGUUCUCUCUGACAGUGAACGAGACAUGAAGAAAGAAUUACAGCUGAUUCCUGAUCAACUUCGACAUUUGGGCAAUGCCAUCAAACAGGUUACUAUGAAAAAAGACUAUCAACAGCGAAAGAUGGAAAAAGUGUUGAGUCUUCAAAAACCCACCAUUACUCUCAGUGCUUACCAGCGAAAGUGCAUUCAGUCCAUCCUGAAGGAGGAGGGUGAACACAUAAGGGAAAUGGUGAAGCAAAUCAAUGAUAUCCGCAAUCACGUAAACUUCUGACACCACCAGGAGCAGAUUCACAACGGAAGUUAACAUCACUGAAGGCUUAGACCCAUACUGUAAAACAAACGGAGCAUUAUCUAAUUUAUAAAGAGGCAUUUCGGAAGACCUUUGGUGUGGUUCAUCUUUUUUAAUAUUUGUUUUAUAAUUAUUGAAUAAAUGCUUUUAUUUAAAAAUUG